GGGCUGGGAGCCCGGACUCCUGGGUUCCCUCACACCGCCUCUUCCCGCAGCCUCCUCCUGCGAAGUAUGGGGGGCGUCACACCGUGACCAUGAUCCCAGGUGACGGCAUCGGGCCGGAGCUGAUGCUGCACGUGAAGGAGGUGUUCAGGCAGGCCUGCGUCCCGGUGGACUUCGAGGAGGUCCGGGUGAGCUCGGACGCGGCGGAGGACGAUAUUCAGAACGCAAUCAUGGCCAUCCGGCGAAACCGCGUCGCCCUGAAGGGAAACAUUGAGACCAACCACAACCUGCCCCCGUCCCACAAAUCCCGGAACAACAUCCUGCGCACCAGCCUGGAUCUCUACGCCAACGUGAUUCACUGCCAGAGCCUCCCGCGGGUGCUGACGCGGCACCGGGACAUCGACAUCCUCAUCGUCCGCGAGAACACGGAGGGCGAGUACAGCAGCCUGGAGCACGAGAGCGUCUCCGGCGUGGUGGAGUGCCUGAAGAUCAUCACCAAGGCCCGGUCCCUGCGCAUCGCCGACUACGCCUUCCGGCUGGCCCGCGAGACCGGGCGCGCCAAGGUCACCGCCGUGCACAAGGCCAACAUCAUGAAGCUGGGUGACGGGCUCUUCCUGCAGUGCUGCCGAGAGGUGGCGGGCGGCUACCCGGAGAUCGCCUUCGACAGCAUGAUCGUGGACAACACCACCAUGCAGCUGGUGUCCCGCCCCCAGCAGUUCGACGUCAUGGUGAUGCCCAAUCUCUACGGGAACAUCGUGAACAACGUGUGCGCGGGGCUGGUCGGGGGCCCGGGGCUGGUGCCCGGCGCCAACUACGGGAGGGACUUCGCCGUCUUCGAGACCGCCACGCGGAACACGGGGAAGAGCAUCGCCCACAAGAACGUCGCCAACCCCACGGCCACCCUGCUCGCCGCCUGCAUGAUGCUGGACCAUCUCCGGCUGCACAGUUUCGCCACCACCAUCCGCCAGGCAGUGCUGGCCUCCCUGGACGAUGAGGCGACCCACACGCCGGACAUCGGGGGCCAGGGCACCACGUCGGGGGCCGUCCAGUCCAUCCUGCGGCACGUCCGCACGGCCAGCGGCUGGAGCCAGUGCAGCUAGGGCCAGGGGGAGGACCCCACUCUCAAGCCAAGGCGAAGGGGUCGCGCAGGCCGGAGCCCCCCAGCCGGGUGAUCCAUGGGGCAGGAUCGUAGCCCCCUGCCCCCCCAUCCAUGUCACUGCUGCUGUGUGUGUGUGUGUGUGUGUGUCGCUGUGGGGCCAGUGCCCCACGGGUAAUAAAUGGCCGUCUGUCUCA